AUGAUCUGCGCCGCCGCCGCCGCCGCCCUCGUCGUGGCGCUUGCAGUCGCGCGCUGUGGCCCAAGUACAGGUGGUGCCCAACGUCAAGACCGCUCCGGGAACGGGAGUCUCGGCGAGUACAGGGACCAAGGAGGCAGCAGCGGGGGCGUGGCAGUCGCGAGCGGGAGGACCUUACACGGGUUCAUCAAGAAGCCACCCCCGCCCGCGCGGUGCUUCGUGUUGGAAGGCGAGGACAGCUCGCGGUGCCACGCCAACGUGUACUUCUUCGGCGUGUCCAAGUGCGGGACAACCUCUCUGGCGCACUGGAUGGCCCGGCACCCCGCCCUAAGUUGGGUUUCUAACGUCUGGCACACCCGGCAUAAGCAGGGGGGAGAGGCGCACGUGAUGGAGAUGAGCACCAUCAAGGACAAUGAGAGCACCUACGCCUUGACUGCGCCGAUGGCUGCGCAAACGGACACGGUCAUCGACUACACACCACACUACUCCAUCCUGGCGGAAGUGCCCUACCGUAUCAGAGAUAUGUACGGGAAGACUUCCUACGAUGGGACUGUGAAGUACAUCGCGGUCCUCCGGGAACCGGUGGCCCGCACAAUAAGCUCUUGGCAGUUCAAGUAUGACCUGGAGGGCAUCGAGAAGGGUGAGGCGGCCAACCCGAGCUCCGAACGGCGCAGCCUUGAGGAGGCGUUCUCCGAGGGACGGGAGCACGCCCUGUCUCUUGUUAAGUGCCUGUCCGACAAGGAGAAUGAUCAACGGAACCAAAUCCGCCAUCCCGGCGCGUUGAAACUUUAUAUCGACCUCCAAAUGUGCAACCCGCAUGCGUUUCUGGAGCACAACAUGUACUUCUCCCACGUAGGCAAGAGCAUAUACUCCCUGCAGCUGGAGCGAUGGCUCGAUCUGUUCGGCCGAGAAAACGUCAAGGUCUUGUUCCUGGAGGAGAUGGCCGUCGACCCGAUGGGCACCAUCACGAGCGUGUUUGACUUUUUGGGGGUCGACCUACUUGACGAGAAGGAGGGGGUUAAGUUUCGAAUUGCGCUCCAUGGAUAGCCCUAGGCUUGUACCACAAGGGGCGACGCCCAAGAGGGAGAUGAUGGGACCCCAGCGAUAUCACAACGAACAAUGCGUUAUUUUUUUACGAUAGCAAUAUUGGAGGUACGAAAACCCGUAACGGCGACGGCGACAUCGAUACCCAGAACAAUGUCGAGGACUCUGAAGAAGGCAAAGACAGCGACGACAACCACGACCUUCCUUCCCCGCUUCCUCACGCUGUCCUCAACCCUAGCCCUGGCAUUACUCAGGCUCCAACUUGAAGCUUGAUGUUGGCACACUGCUAUAGAGUGUGAGGAUUGGGCGAGAGUCGUCUAGGCCGCCUUCGACACUUUUCCCUAGACCUACCCCUCGGUUAAGCCCAAGCCUUGCCCCUAGCAGGGUGGGUCUCAGCACACGAGAGAACUAGCAAAGGAUCGCGACACUCACACCCUCGCUGUCCCUCAUCGCAAGCCUGAUCGCCGUCAAGCAUGGUCUUAGCUCGCGAACGGAGUGGGAAGAGAUCGUGCGGACCAAGCACAACCUCACCAAUGAGAGAAAGAAGAAGAUCUUAGACGAGCAGGUGACACCGGAGAUCUUGCAGUCGAUGCGAGAUUUUUUUGCGCCUUUCAACACUCAGCUGGAGGAGUUGUUAGGGCGACCUUUGCCGGACAACUGGUCGAAGGAUUCCACGCCCUCCAGUAGAUUCUGAACUAUGAGGGUAAGCGACUUGGUUUUGGAGCUGCUUGGUGUUGCUUCGUAGAUGUGACUUCGUAGAUCUAUCUUCGUAGAACCUGUUUGCGUAGACCCUGUUAUAGAUGGUUGUCUCGAUUUUAUUUGGUGGCUUCAGAAAAGGGGGGCAGAAGCUUUACGACCCUUUAAAGGGGCUUCAUAGUGUGGCAGCAAAUACGGCGAAUUCUGUCGCGACUGCUCGUAUACCUCCACCCCUCUGAGAGCAUCCUCGAAUGUUUGUUAGUUUUUCACCGUUUCUGGCGGGUGUAUGCAUUAGCCGAUUGCUGGGAGUGGAGAUCUCAAAGUGGUCCGUAGCUCAGAGUGGGCUAUCGUGGUGCCUGGAGCCUCUCUCAGGUCCUCUCAACGGCGAAAACAACGCAGAGAGAACUCUUGGAAUUUUUGUUGUGGAAGUAGAUCACGUAAGGCCUGCCCUCUCCAAUGGAGCGCCUGUUCACCUCUACUAGAUGCGGCGCGCCAAUCAACCGCGAGCUACGAGAUUUCGACGAGAAAUCGAACGCAGAUGCGAUGCUAGCAAGAUCUAGGCCGUGAGCUGACAGUGCUGACAUUUCGGCAAGGGCUAUUUUCCCUUCAUCGAUUGCCCUGCUACGUAGAGUUCACCGUCAGUAGGCCCGGAGCGUCCUGGGCUUUUCGUUCCCCGGUGUGUCACGAUUUUGUGUGGCUUUUGUGUGGUUUACGUGAUUAAGUGUUUUUUUUUGCUUUCUCCGCGGCAUUGACCGCACUCACGGGCACGGUCAAAGAUGCAAGCAUCCGCAGUUUUCGUGCAUGUUUUUUGUAUGUUCGACAUGGAAUACGGGAUCAUUUGGGGGGCGUUGACCGUAAUAGUACUGGACACCCGGACAAUUUGGGGACACAGCACUCAAAUGUCUGUUUGGCGCACCGUAGUCGUCACCAGACUCCGCUGUGUGAAAAGGGCGUGGGAAACCUUGGCCUACCAUGCUCGUGUGAGGUGGUACGCUGUGUGAUAUACGGUGUUAUGCCUUUCCUCUGACUUGCUGUACACGAAACUCCCAUGCCGCGUCCCUUGUUGCUACAAGUCUGUAUCACCUUGUACUGGAAAUUUAUGCUAUGAAAAGUGCCCCCAGUGCAUUUGGGGAGUUCUGUCUAAAACCAAGUCAGCCUUCGUCCGUCGGGACUGCACAGCCUCUCUCAAUGAGCGGACGCGAUUUUUUCUGGGCGAGGGGGUUAAGUUCGUGUAUUGCCCUGUGUAAGGCAGCAGCAUGUACACGUCGCUUGCGUCUGUGUUGUUAUCAUCGGCCAUCCUCGUCGUCGUUGAUGCCGUACCUUUGACUCGAUCCGGUGAAGGCUUCAAAAAGGGAGAAAUACACGUGUAUAGCUGUAGUAGGUUACCUUGUUGUUCCUUUCUUUUGUGCAUGAGGCGCGGCGAAAAGAAAGUUGAGGAGUCUAAGAGAGAAUGAAAAACUCUCCGCGAGGACCUUUGGGGUUGUCUUCGGAAGGUAAACCGGGAGGUGGAUUGAUAGUACACGGGGUACCAAAAAGGAUUGCAGGAAGAGGUCAUCCACGACGUAUGGAGUUGGUGCACCUCGGCUGUCCGGGAGAUUGGUGUGCGCGUGGUGUCGUACUGUUCUGAAGGCAGCCAGCUCUUUUUGUGUAUCUCCGGCCUGAAAUGCUUUUUGAGCGACGAAAAUUGAUUUUGUGCGAAGUUGGCAACCGGGCUGGGACACAGAACUGUACUGAGUUUGUCUUUGUCUGAUUGCUGAAAGGACAGGGUAACGUUGUUGUAUCUUGUUGUGAGGUUGUUCAUUGUCUGUUGUUACUUUCGUCGUUCGCCGUUGGCAAAGGCUCCACGAGCAAUUGGCCCAAUGCACGGCUCGAAAAGUGAAUAUAUUGUUGAUUUUC